CGUCUAUUACGCCCCUAAGCAAGAUGGCGGCGGAAGGCUCGGUGCCUCUCUCAGCGUCACUUCCGCCCCCAGCCAAAAUGGGCGGCUUCCGGUGACCAUGGCUGACGAGGCGGCGCGGCGGGCGGUGGCGGAGCUGCCGCUGCUGCGAACGGCGGCGGGGCCGCGGGACCGGGAGGGCUGGGCGCCGCGGCUGAAGGAGGAGUACCGCGCCCUCAUCCAGUACGUGGAGAACAACAAACGUGCCGAUAACGACUGGUUCCGCCUGGAGUCCAACGCCGAGGGCACCCGGUGGUUCGGGAAGUGCUGGUACAUCCAUGAGCUGCUCAAGUACGAGUUCGGCAUCGAGUUUGACAUUCCGGUGACCUACCCCGCCACCGCCCCGGAGAUCGCCAUCCCCGAGCUGGAUGGGAAGACGGCCAAGAUGUACAGGGGGGGCAAGAUCUGCCUAAGCGACCACUUCAAGCCCCUCUGGGCCAGGAAUGUCCCCAAAUUCGGCUUGGCCCAUCUGAUGGCGCUGGGGCUGGGCCCCUGGCUGGCUGUGGAAAUCCCGGACCUGGUCGCCAAAGGCAUCAUCCAGCACAAAGAGAAGUGAGCGCACGGGGAGGAGGUUUGGGGGUACUGCCCCCCGAGGGGUGCUGUCCCCCCUGGCCUCCCCAUCUACUCCCGCCUCCCCCCUCGCUUUGCUGCUGCUGCCCAAUAAACUGUUCAGCCCUGGA